AUGUAAAACCAAAAGUAAUUCCCGUGCAAAAUAGGAGAUCAAAAUUUUACAAUAGAAUUAUCUACAUCUUCUUUGGAUCUUAUUAAUUAGGAAUAAAGAAUUUCCUUUAAACUUUCACUAAAACUUAUUAUCACUUGGGUAUUUUAUGGAGAUAAAAUAAUUGGGUUUAAAGUUGAGAAUCUAGAGGUAGAAGGUACAACAGAAGAUAUGUCUAAGUUAAAAAUGUCCUUGGGUUGUCUUGCAACAUUUAAAGGAAUUUUAAAAUUUUAUACUUUUCAAUAAACUAUUUACCUAAACUAGAACAAUACCACUAAAGUUUGUUAACUUAUAAGUAAUCGUAAUUAUAGAAUCUAUGCUUGUAAGUGCUACAAGAAAUGUAAUCGUUCAAUUGAAUCCAUUCAUGAAGAAAUAAAUUUAAUACUAAAACUGUAAGGUCAUAAGUUUAUUCCAAUGAUUUACGAAGUGUAUGAAUCGAAUUCCUGUGUAUAUUUGAUAAUGGAACAUUUAUAUAGGAAUUUUGACAAUGACUUUACUGAUGAAGAGAUUAAAAUAAUUGUUUACAAUUUGCUGUUAUCAAUCAAAAAACUAGAAAAACUAUUGAUAGCCCAUAAAAGUAUUUCAAGGUCUCAUAUUAUGUUUGAUGAGGACAAUUAAUUAAAACUAAUUGGAUUUAGUAAUGCAGUUAUUCAAAAAACAACAAAUCAUGAAUUUGAGCUGGACAUUUUUAAAGUGGGUACUUUAAUGUAUAAAUUGUACUAAUUAUUAUGUAAAAUUAGCUACAAAAAAAAUAUGUAAGGCGAUUAAGACUAAUUUCCUGAAAUUCCAGAUUUUGGAAGUGAUCUUUUGAAAAAUCUCCUUGAAAACUAGUCUUACUAUAGAUUUAAUAUGGAUGCAGCCUUAUAACAUCGAUACUUCAAUUCUUUAAGCGGAGAUGGAAUUUAUAAAGAAAUUUAUUCAAUGAAUCCCAAAUUUAAGGAUAAGAUCGAAGAAUCCUAGUCUUACUAAACUAAGAAUUUUAACACUCUAUUAUCUUUAACAAAAUAAUAAUAAUAUUUUUAAGUAGAUAUGUCGACAGAACUCUAAAACUGA